AUGUCUCUUCUCCUGCUUUCCCCCGUGUUCCUCGCUUUUAUUGUCAUAUAUAGGCUUUCUGCUCGUCGCCAUCCCCUGCCACCAGGCCCUCCCCCCAAGUUUCUCACCGGAAAUAUUCACCAGGUUCCUCCUACGCAUCCCUGGCGCACGUACGAGAAAUGGGGUCUUCAAUACGGCCCUAUGGUCUACUUCAGAAUAAUGCAAAAGAAAUUCAUAGUCCUCCAUACGUUCAAGGCCGCCACCGACCUUUUGGAUGCACGAGCGGGCAUUUACUCUGAGCGUCCUACCACCGUCUUCUUCGGCGAUCUUAUCGGACGCCAGGAGGCCGUCUUUUAUUUGCCGUCCACUCAUCGCAACUUUAAGAAGUAUCGGAAGUACCUCACCUCUGGCCUCAAUGCUCGCGCCACAAGGAGUUAUGCUGAAGUGUCGAAAGAUGAAGUCCAUGUCCUCCUUCUAAAUUUGAUGAAGAAUCCGGAGCAAUUUACUCAUCACUUCCGGAGAUAUGCUGGCGCCGUAAUUCUCAAAGUCACAUACGGGUGGACUGUCUCCAACACGGGCGACGAUCAGCUUGUUUCCCUAAUAGAGCAAGCCGCCCGCCUUCAGCCAGAGCUGGUCCGUCCUGGACGAUGGAUGGUUGACACCAUUCCCCUUCUCAAAUAUGUACCUGCAUGGUUUCCUUUUGCAAGCUUUCAAAAGGCGGCACUUGAAUACAAGGCCAUAUUCUCGCGGAUUGAUCAAUAUCCCUGGGAGUGGACAAAGCAGCAGGUCACGUCCGGCACGUAUACCGAUUCCUUCGCGUCCAAGCAUAUCCUCGAACUCGACUCUCUACCUCCGGAAGAAGCUGCAGAAGAAGACAAGAUUGCUAGAUUUUGCAGCGCGGGUCUCUAUUCUGGGGGUGCGGAAACGAUCGUCGGCGUACUUACAGCAUUCACGCUCGCAAUGACACUGUAUCCUGAUGUACAAGCCCGUAUUCAGGAAGAGCUUGCGACUAUUGUAGGGCAGCGCUUGCCAACGGUGGACGACAAAGAUUCCCUACCGUACCUGAAUGCCGUCUUGUGGGAAGUGUUGCGAUGGGCGCCCAUUGCCCCGGUCGCUUUGCCACAUCGUGUUUUGGAGGACGACGUGUAUGAAGGAUACCUGGUCCCAAAGGGCACAGUCGUGAUUCCAAACAUCUGGGCAAUGACGCGCGACGAGUCGGUCUACCCAGCGCCUGACGUAUUCGAUCCAGAGCGCUAUCUCGGAAAGACACCUCAGCGUGAUCCUCGUCGAAUGGUAUUCGGGUUUGGACGACGAGUGUGUCCAGGCGCCCAUUUUGCCGAAACGUCUAUAUUUUUGGUAAUGGGCAGCAUAAUGACGGCAUUCAAUAUCACAAAGGCUUUGGAUGACGCAGGAAAGGAGAUCAUUCCCGCAGUGGAGUUCUCGUCGAAUAUUACUAGCCACCCCUUACCUUUCGAGUGCAAGGUCACUGCGAGAGCACCUGAUCUUUUGGCAUCGCUCUAG